GGGUCCUCCACUUCCCCACAAGUCUUUGCGCUGCCGUGGCAAAGAUGGCGGCGCUGAGGGGAGGAGGCGCGCAGUGGCGGCGGGGCUGGCUGCCCGCCCUGCAGCUCGUCCGCCACGGCUCCAAGGCGGUCACCCGGCACUGGAAGGCCAUGCACUUCCAGCGCCAGAAGCUGAUGGCCGUGACCGAAUACAUGGCUCCGCGACCGGCCAUCCCACCGCGCUGCCUGGCCCCCAAGAAAGAGAAAGUCGAGGAGGACAACGGUUACGCCCGGCUGUUACGGCGGCAGGUGGAGGAGGCGUUCCGGGACAAUCGGAUGAUUGCCGUGUGUCAGUACAACUCCAUGCCUGGCGAGGACAUGGUGCUGAUGAGACACUACCUCCGGAAACACAACAUUGAGGUCAAAUUCGUCCUGAAUGAGAUUAUCAGACCCAUGCUGUCACAGUCCAAGUACAAGAAUCUCCUCCCUCUCUUUGUGGCACGCAAUAUCCUGCUGGUGAGCCCGGAAACGAAGGUGAAGGAGAUGCUGCGGGUGCUGAAAGGAGUGCCACAGAUCAACCUUCUGGGCGCCUGCAUCGACAACACCAUCCUGAGCAGGCAGGGAGUGGAGAACUUCGCCAAGCUGCCCUCGCUGGAGGCUGCCCAGGGGCAGACGGUGGGUGCCCUGGCCCUCCUGCCCUCCCAGACGUCCUCCCUGCUCCAGGGCGGCUCCGCGCACCUCACGGCUCUCCUGGAUGAGCACAUCCGCCGGCUGCAGGCUGGGGAGACGGGAAGCCCGGAUGAGUCCGCCCCUGCCCAGAGCUCGGGGGCUCACUGACACUGGCCCCCCCUGGGCCCUGUGUGUUGGCCGGGAGUCGGCUCCUUCACCGGCUGCGGUCGGGCGGGGGGGGGGAGUCAGGGAUCGAAGGUUUGGCCCCGGGUGGGCAGCCAGCGGUGGGACUGAGGGUCCUGCCGCAUCACCGGCCUCUUCGGGGAGCCCUGGCCCUUCCCUUUGCUCCCCGCACCCAUGGCACCUGGGAAUGUCCCGGCUGCAUUUCGGAUGCUGUGGGGCCGCAGUCGGAGGCUCGCUGGGAUCGGCUGGAGGAGGCAGAGCGCGGCGGGGAGGAUGUCGGGUGCUCCAAGCCCCCGCGCCCUCCGGAAUGGGGUCAGCGAUGGGGAGUCCGGCAGCGCUGACCGAGCUGUGUCUGCGGGAUCACUGUCCUGUCCAUUAAAGCGUGGUGGUGGA